UAUAGUGCACGCGGCCUCUCUAGGCGCACUCGUCGUCCUCUCGGUGUCAGCGCGCGUCAGGCGGCUGUGUGGAGCGCGGAGUCUGGCCUGUGGAGGUACGGUGCUUGCGGAGACCAGCGGAGAGCCGUGGCAGCUCAGGUGGACGGCUGCACCGCUGUUGACCUACCAAAGAGAUUUCUAGACAAAAUAAAACAGGGGAAACGUGCUAGACUCAAGGAUGAUGGAUCCAUGUUCAGUUGGAGUUCAGCUUCGGACCACACAUGACUGCCAUAAAACCUUCUACACUCGGAACACAGGUUUCAAGACUUUGCAAGAGUUGUCAUCAAAUGACAUGCUUUUACUUCAGCUUAGGACUGGAAUGACACUUUCUGGCAAUAAUACAAUUUGUUUCCAUCAUGUAAAAAUUUAUAUUGACAGAUUUGAGGAGUUACAAAAGUCAUGUUGUGACCCAUUUAACAUACACAAAAAGCUAGCCAAAAAGAAUCUGCAUGUAAUUGAUUUAGAUGAUGCCACGUUUCUGAGUGCAAAGUUUGGAAGACAGCUGGUUCCUGGUUGGAAGCUUUGCCCAAAAUGUACCCAGAUCAUCAAUGGAAGUGUGGAUGUUGAUUCCGAUGACCGCCAGAGACGGAAACCCGAGGCAGAUGGAAGAACUGCUAAAGCUUUGAGGUCACUGCAAUUCACAAACCCGGGAAAGCAAACAGAAUUUGCUCCAGAAGGUGGUAAAAGGGAGAAAAGGAAGCUCACCAAGAACUCAAGCGCUGGCUCUGACAGACAAGUUAUCCCAGCAAAGAGUAAAGUCUACGACAGCCAGGGUCUGCUCAUUUUCAGUGGCAUGGAUCUCUGUGACUGCCUUGAUGAGGACUGCCUGGGAUGCUUCUACGCCUGUCCCACCUGUGGCUCUACCAAAUGUGGGGCUGAAUGCCGCUGCGACCGCAAGUGGCUGUAUGAGCAAAUAGAAAUUGAAGGAGGAGAAAUAAUCCAUAAUAAACAUGCUGGCAAAGCAUAUGGUCUGUUAUCUCCCUGUCACCCAUAUGAUAUUUUACAAAAGUGAUCAGCCAAAUAACUGGCCAGCAAAGAUGAAAGUGCAGCAAAGAAGUGAGCAGUGACCAUUCUGGAAGUAAAUUUGCAUCAGUCGUAAAUGGAAUUGUAGACAACGGGAGUAUUGAUGCCAUUGCUGUUCUGGAGACAGACAUACAUCAGAGGAACCUGGUGAUGGGAACUUGCCCACCUUGCUGAGGAAAGUGACUGUGACGAGCAGGAAGAUUGUCCAGGAAAAGUGAUGGUGAAAACUUCACAUUCAAGGCUACUUAUUGUAAAUAGAUAUUUCACAACAUUGGAAUGGUCAGAAAGGUUCCUAUUUAAUUUUAUUAACAAAACAGGCUAAUUUGGGGCAAUAAAAUAAAACUCCAGGUCUUAAUACAUAAACUUUAAUUUUCUUAUCCUUUUAUAGCUACAAGUUUUUGAUACUUUGAUAGAUAUUUAAAGGUCAUAGCAAUCCUCUAUUCCCCUUGAUUAUUAGCAUUUCUUUAGUGUUGUGGCCCUUCACUUAAUGCAAAUAGGCCCAGCCCUUAGCUGGGAACAGAGCCUAUGACAAAAGAUUGAUCUCCAUGCAACAGAGUAGUUGAAUGUUAGACUGUUCAGAAAAUAAUCUAGAUACCUAAGUGCUAAAAUACAGUUAUUUUUCUUCCAACUAGAAAUGAACACAAAUGCUCAUUGCACUGUCAGCUUUUCACUUUUGAAUCUAUGCAUUCUUGGUGAAAAUUUGUUCCUGGGGAAAAAUUCUUUCCUCUAUGUGUAAAGCAUAAGUAUAGUACAUAAAUGGCUGCACAUGUCAUAGUUGCUGUUCUAUUGCUGUGAAGAGACACCGUGACCAAGAUAAUUCUUACAAAAACAUUUUAUUGUGGCUUGCUUACAGUUCAGAGGCUUAGUCCGUUAUCAUGACAGAGAGGGAGGUGGCAUGCAGACAGACAUUAGAGCAGUCUGAGACCUCUAUGCCCUUAUGUACAGGCAGAGAGCGACUGGGCCUGACAUGGGCUUUUGAAACCUCAAAGCUCAUCUCCAGUGACACACUUCUUCCAACAAUGCCACGCCUCCUAAUCCUUAGCAAAUAGUACCACUCCCUGGUGAUUAAAAUGUAUGGGCCUAUGGUACUAUUUUUUUAUUCACAUAAUCACAGCAUUAUUUUUGUGCUGUUUAUAUACCCAAACAGUGAAGAUUGAGAGUUCUAAAAAUGUCCCUUCAGGAGGUGAUGGAAAAAAAAAAAAGAGAAACUAGAACUUAUGGAAUAGAAAUAAAGUUUCUGGAUAUUGAUUGAAUCUUGGGGAGAAGUCUAUGGGUGUUUGUAGGGCGUGAGGAGUGUCUCCAGGUGUCAUAACUAAAGCCUUUGGAAGGUUCCUGUCACUUACAAGACAACCACUAAACCAAGGUUCUGUUGUUCCUUAAUACACUACCUCAAUUAAACUGUUAACAGCAUUUAAAAUAUUUUGUAGCAUUGCAACUAAAUUUAUGUACUCACUUUGAGUUGACCAUUAGAAUACCAUUUUUGCCCUUUUUUUUUUUUUUUAUCUUUACACUCACUGGUUUUUCUUUGAUAAAAUGCCAUUUUCAACUUGGAGUUGACUGUACUAUUUGGCCCAGGUAUCAGUAGCUGAUUAGGUCUUGGAUCUGAAUUUCAUCUGAGCAGAAUCAAUAAAGUUUUUGACUACAUUUUUUAAAUUAAAAGGCAGAAUUGUUUAUUUUGAAUUAAGGAAAUAUUUUGUAGGGGUAUAGGUAGACUCCAGUCUUAACCCAUUCCCUAGGAUCAUUUGGUUUUAGUCAUUUUUGUUUUCUUGUUUCUUUUUUGGCUCCUAAAUGUGAAUCAGGACUCUACCGUGUUUAUGCUCUUCAGAGAGAAUUUUCUAUGUUUUGUUUUCCUUGCAGCAGGACCUUACCGUAUAGCACAGGCUGGCCUUGGAGCUCUGUAGUCUCAUUACCUCAGCCUUCUUGAAUUGACAUGCAUGUUUUAACACACUGCUAAGUUGUAGGUAGACAUUUCUUUUUGCUUACAGUGGGAGUAUAUUUCUAAUGGAGAAAAGACUUUAUAGAAAAUGUCUAUAUUUCAGCAUUCCUUUGAACAGAUAAUUUUAUGAACAGUAAUAACUUUUUCCAAGUGGAAACUUCUUAAUAUUUUGCUGUUUGUUCUUUGUCCAUUUAGGAACCAAGCACGAGCAUAUUGCAGUGUUUAUAGAUAAAUGUAUGUCUGAUCUUGAGUAAACUAAUAAAGACUAUAUUUUAGAAAUAA